GCCACUUCCAGGGUGGGCUGAGAGGCACUGCCACCAGCCCCCCCAGAAUGCCAACGCUCUCUUCCCAUGAGGAUCCAGCCUGGGGCAGAUACCGUGAGGUGCUUGAGGAAGCGAACAGGCUGGAGCACGACUUGGAGGCCGAAGGGGACUCGGAUGGGCCAGGCCCUGGUGGCCUUCCCACCCUGGCGGAACUGGAGUGGGACCCAGCGGGGGACGUAGGGAACCUUAGGCCCUUGGGCCAAAAGGCAGCUGGAACACCCGGGGCCCCCUGUGAGCUGUGUGGCCACAGGGGCCCUGAGGGCAGGGGAUUAGAGUUUGAGGACGCACUCACGUUGGGCCUCAGCCACCGAAACCACUUAGCAGGUCACCGAAGACGGUCCCUGAUCCUGAAGUCUCAGCUGCCGGCUGCUGUCUACCCUCUGGUGAAGAAGAGGCAGACGUCUCCGGAUGUGAUAUUGGAGGUGGAUUCUGGUGAACCUGCCCCGACAGCCCGGUGGCCUCUGAUCCUCCUCUUCCUCGUCUGUCUUCUGGUGGGGGCCACGUUGCUCUGGCCCAGGUCAGGAGACCUCUGCUGCCCUCCCACCUGGCUCACCUGGACGCCCUACCUGGUGCUCAGCUAUGUCAAUGGUCCCCCACCAACCUGAGUCCACA